UUGGGCUUACAAAUACAGCGCACAGAACCAUUUUAGGAAAUGUGAGUAAACAAGAAUAAACAAGAUCAGUCAGGCCAGUCCGCCUGUGGUGGCGGGCGACGUUGUUCCCAACGACCACGACAACGGCGGGCUUCACGCCGCCUACGACUUUGACAACGAUACUCUUAGACACUUGAGACAUUACACGGCUAUGCGUGAAUCUAACUUUGCCUUUCCAACGCAGAACAAGGCAUGUGUUUGCAUUACUUCCCAGCUCUACGACAAGCGAGCUCUCGAUACGAACUCGCCGUUACCCCUCUUUAACUCGCUAACACACCUCACAUACCUGACUUCAACAUCACCUCGAAUACGAGAGAUCAUGACCAUGGAUGGUGGUCUCGAGCGACUUGUUCGCAUUCUCCACGACUUCUGUAUGUGCCCUCCUCCCCCAGAAAAUCCCGCAUUGCUCUAUGGUCUAUCUCCUCCGGCCGCACAACCUCCGAAACUCGUACCGACGUUGAAUCCAAAGACCUUCGAUAAGCACGCGGCUUACCGCUUUUCCCUCGCCUUCCAGUGUGUGGUCAACAUAGGAGUGCGGGGCAGUGAACCCAUACGAAGCAGGGUGGUGCAGGCAGGCACGUUGGAGGUGGUUGGAUGCAUUCUCGAGGCCUGGUUAGCAGGCAAGGGCUUCGCCGUCGGCCCAGGUGCAAGUGCAAACGGGCUGCCUAGAGAGACAAGGGAACAGAGACUGGCCCGCAGACAGGCACAGAAUGAGGCGAGACAGCGGGAGCAGGCGCAACAGCUGCAACGGGCGCUCCAAAGACAGCUCGCUGCAGAGCGUAUUAGGGCACAGGACUUAUCUGCUGUCAUUCAGGAGGACGAGUCGAUGGAGGUAGAACCGGCAACAACGGAGAAUCGCCGACCACAGUCACGCGACACUGAUACAUCGACAGAGACGUCUUCCAACGCCACUCCAGCUGGUUCCAACACCCCGACAGGCGCUGUUAUGGUGCCGAGUAGAGAUCGCAGCGGGACGAUUAUCGCUCGACCAGUGUGGGAUCCGACUCCCAUAGCUGGUGCGAGUACGAGCCAUCAUCAUCGACGUACUCAUCGGAUUGCCACCAGAUUGACAGUCCCUCCGCCAAGUUCCGGGCAGCCGUCUACAACGAACUCAACGGAUACUUCUCGACCAGAGACAGAAACUGAGGACGAUGGAGACGUUGAGAUGGAUGACAGCAUGCGCGACAGCGGUGCAAUUUCUGGAGCUUCAACUCCUGAGCGUCGAGGUCGUUCUCCAGAUGCCGCUGGUGCAGCAACGAUACGAACGACGACGAUACAUCCGCGACGGGCUGUCGGGAUCGUGUCAGAUACGCCGCCUGCAACGACUGCCAACCCUUCUAUUGACAUGAAUACAGACGCUCAUAUCAUCAUCAACGAUCAAGCUGUCGCUGUCGAGGGCGUUGGUGUUGAGGAUGGCAUAGUCUCAUUGGACACCAAUGAUGAUUUUGCGAUGGGUGCACCCCCUGGCGCACCUGGUGCUAUCGAUGGUCCUCCUGUCGAUACUCAUGGCACGGCAGGAGAGCGCACGCCUCGUGCAGGAACUGUCAAUCUCCCCGGAGCCAUCACUAUCCGUAUACCACCGGUACCAUCCACGACGACGAUUCGCGUGACGGGACCGGACGGCGCACCUGUUGGCAAUACUGGCACGGUGCGUCGUGCAAAUGCACCUAUGGCCGGCGGAACUGGGAUUACAGCGCGACAUCAUCAUCACCACCACCAUCACCACCAUCACCAUGACAUGGAGUCUGGCCCUUACAGAGAUGAGGAUGUCCUGCUUAGCUUGCAGCUAUUGGCGUAUCUCAGCAAGUAUCCUCACGUGCGACAAGCGUUCUACAAACCUCGGCCGUGCUUCCAUCCUGCAAGUGCCCAUCAGUCACCUUCUGACAUUCGAUAUGGCGGCCCCAGCAGCAGCCGCUCUGGCUAUUCGAGCGGUUUAGCAACCUCUCAGGCCGCUUCUGCCAAAGAGUCUAACCCAUUCAUGCGAGCGUUCAACACUGCCACUGGCCGGGGCAAAGAGAAGGAGAAGGCCCCUGCAGUUGCUCCCGAAAUGUCUUCUAGUUCAAGCACAUCUACUGUGAAUGGCGCUUCCAUCAACCCUCCACGGAUGACGAAUGUUUUUUCGCUUGUGGAACGAUUCACCUUCCGACCUAGUUCGUCAGAAUUAGACUCACCAAACCCCCCUCCAACUUUGCCGCCGGAUAUUCAGUAUUGGGCUGGCGUGAUCAUGCGAAAUGCGUGUCGGAAAGACGACAGCAGAGGCGGGAUUAGACAAUGCGCCAACAGUAAGUCUAGCAUUCGUCUCAUCAUCAAUGUAUCCAAAAUAAUUGUUAUCGAUCUAGUGAUGUGCGGAAAAUGGGAAAGUUUUCCUCGUGAAUUUGCUAAAUGUCGACGCUGCCGCAAGGCCAAAUACUGCGGGAAGGAAUGUCAAAGUACCGCUUGGAGUGAAGGUCACAGAUUUUGGUGCAGUGCCAAAGAUCCUGAGGAAGAUACCGACCAGCAUACCCAAGCAGAAGGCACCCAUGCUCGAGCAAACACCGUCAACAAUGGCGCUGACACGAAUGGAGCGACGACGAUUUCAAAUGUUACAGUUACAAACGGAGGUACGAUAACUGGGCGGGCAGAACGAAGAGCCGAGCGUGAGCGGGACCGACAGGCACGUGCGCGCGAACAAACUCGCGAGGGUGUUAACACACAAAGGCCGGCUGCUGCUGCACCUUCACCCAACCGCCCUAAUCGGAUAGUCGAAGUUCCUCUCCCGGCUGAUGUACGAUCUCCAACAGAUGCCGUUACACCGCAGGAUCCCUCUCGAUGGGCUGCCUAUCUCAACACCCGUCGUGCGCGCGGGUGGGGGGAUGAGACAGUUACACCUCAACCUCAGCCUAGGGCCGUAAUUGAGAUGAUAAGUCCACGACGGCGUGUGGAAGAUGCUGCAGUUUCUGCUCUGGACGGCGAAGCUGACCCUGAAGUUCGAAGACAUCUUCUCCACCUCAUUUCGCAUCAGCGGAACGUCCCAGACACACCCAUAGAUGCAGGGCCCUCGAGGACUCAACAGAGAGACGGCGAUGAUGAUAUGGUCAUCGAAUGAUUACCAGUAGAUAACCUUUCCGUGCUCAAGCAAAGCCUCCCUUUCACUAUCGUCGUUACCACAUAUACCAUCCACCCAGUGGAUCCGCAUACAUUCAUUCAUUGGCAACAUAUACACAUACCACUGCACAGGCCUCAUUCCAUCUUCUUUUUCAUGGCGUCUUCUCGUUAUCGUCUCGAACAUUGCUUGUCGGUCUCUCUUGGUCUUCUUCCCCUUGUCUAUCGCACUAUCUUUUCACGUCAACAAUGUAACUAAUGCAUGUACAUAUUCACACACUCCCUAUUGCUAUUUGUCUCUAGGCAUCUAUUUCAUCACUUCACAUCAGACGCAUGCUCAUCAAACGUUCAUGCUUUACAUAGCUUGCUUCAGCCUGGGGCUCGGUAGGUUCUCCAAGAGAAUUCAAGUAGCCGCGGGCGCCGACGGAUCCUGGCCUCAUGUGGCUACGGUACUGAUCUUCGUGAAGUUGGGAGGUGGACUGUGUUGGGAAAUAGAGUUUAGUGUCUAUUCCUGUGCCGAAUCGGCGCACGGAGUACCGUCAAACGUUGGUAAUGGUGACUUUAGCAUACUAGUCUUGUCCAAGUCUUGUCCAUCAUGUAAGUGUAGAAACACAGCCCACGGCCAACUUAGACGUUGCAGACUGCGGAGGUGGCGUCCUUGGAGUAAAUCACCACAGGGUAAUCAAUGACUACAUUACCGAUGCUAUUCUACCGUUCGAUGGCUCUAUGCUAUAUGGGGCCAAUGAGACUCCGGCUAGGCAUCCAUUUUGCAGCGUUGUCCCGACCGCUCGAAACGAUAUGCGCCCAAUUUCGAAGAGCGGACUGAACGUCAAUGCAUUUAUUCAAACGUCCAUAUCGGCAUCGUCGGAUACAUAGGACAAUGUUAGUCGGAGGCAGACAUGGUUUCAAGAGUCGCGUAGGACUCCACUGGCACGGAGUUCAUGGGGGACAUCAAAUUAGACACAGCCAGUGUAUUGAUCCCGUUCAAGUUCAUAGGCACAUUUAUGGCGGAAUACGUAUUAUUUGGGAGGGCGGGUUCAUCGAAAUCUUCGUCUGUGUGGGUGGCGUCGUGAAGUGUUGCUGGAUCCUUCACGAAUCCGGCCGGCUGUGGCAGGAACGGAAUGCCCUUUAUGGUAUCUUGUAGUUGAGGGCCGAUCAUGCAUCACAAUGCAUUUUGAUGCCACCACGAAGUCCGCUUGCCGACAUUCACUUUCUUGCUCAAUUUCUAUUGUCAUCUUCAUUGCGCAGGACAGGGAACACCAAAGACAUAGCAGAUGCAUGUAUGCCGUCUCACGAAAGGU